AUGACCUAUCCAAUAUGUAAUACUGUUAAUAAAUUGCAUAAGGUAUUGGAGAUAAAAUCCAAAGGAAAUGGCUCGACGCUCAUUGAUUUCAUCAUUUUCACCACGUUUCAACCGAUUUUUGAUGAAUUCCGUGAUUUCGACAUAGAACGACCACUCUUUCAACGACCCUAUUGGAUAGAUUAUCAAUUGGAGGAUUCUCAUAAAUUAGGUGCAGGUGUUGGAGAGAUAACUGAUAAUGAUGAACACUUCUCGGUAACCAUCGAUGUAUCGCAAUUUGCACCCGAAGAUUUGAAAGUUACCAUAACUGAUGGAGUGGUUAUCAUUGAAGGUAAACAUCCAAUGAUCAAAGAUCAGUAUGGAGAAAUUGAACGUCAAUUUACUCGUCGUCUAACGCUACCAAAAGAUACAAAACCUGAGUUAGUAACCAGCGAAUUAACAAAAGAUGGUAAAUUGACGGUACAAACACCGAAGAAAGAGAAAAGCCAGGGCCAAACAAGGACAAUACCAAUUUUCCGAAAAGAUUGAUAAGGAAUUAUGGCAAUGAAAAAGUUGAAACGAAUACAAGCACACCUUAAUAGUAUCAAAGAAUAAAUAAAGUUUCAAAUUUAAUGCUUUUUUUUCUCAAAAUUUUUAUAUGAUAGCCGAGAUCAAAAAAUUUUGGUAAUAAAGAUAAAAGUUGUCACACACAUGGAAAAUGUCCGAUAUUUAAUGAUUCA